AUGAGGAAGUCUGGAAGGGUGCUGGUGCUCCUGAUUCUGGCAGUUCUGUCCUUCCUUCUGAUCCACUUCCUACCCUGCAGCAACAACACCCCCACGAAAGGAAAACCUUCUCCAGUCCACAUCCUCCUUCUCUCCUCCUGGCGGUCAGGAUCUUCCUUCACUGGACAAAUCUUCAGCCAGCACCCCAGCGUCUUCUACCUGAUGGAGCCCGCAUGGCACGUGUGGGUUAAGAUGUACCAGAACAGCGCUGAAGUUCUACACAUGGCUGUGCGGGACCUGGUCAGGUCGGUCUUUCUGUGCGACAUGUCUGUGUUUGAUGCUUACAUGUCUAGCCAGAAGAAAAAGUCUGAUCUGUUCAAGUGGGAGGCAAGCCGAGCCUUGUGCUCCCCCCCUGCCUGUGACUUAUUCAGUCGCAGCGACAUCAUCACUGCAGGCAAUUGCCGAACGAUCUGUGGCAAGUACCCGUUCAGCAAGGUGGAGGAAGCUUGUAAAACCUACAGCCACGUUGCCAUCAAGGAGGUUCGGUUCUUUGACCUGAAAGUUCUCUACCCCCUUCUCACUGACCCAUCCCUGAACCUCAAAAUCAUUCACUUGGUCCGUGAUCCUCGGGCUGUGUUCAGCUCCCGAGAGAAUACAGUGGCAGACCUGGAACGUGACAGUAACAUUGUCCUGAGGUCCCAGAGGACAAAGGGAGAAAUGGGGCCCUACAACACGAUGCAAGUAAUCUGCAAAAGCCAGGUUGACAUUUACAAGGCGGGCAGUCAGGCCAUUGCCAGCUUCCUGAAGGACCGCUACCUGCUGGUUCGCUAUGAAGACAUUGUCAGAGACCCGCUGGCAAAGGCUGCUCAGAUGUACAGGUUUGCAGAACUCCAUUUCACACCAGAACUUCAGAAGUGGGUGCACAACAUAACCCGUGGGAAGGGGCGAGGAGCACAGGCGUUCGAUAUUGGGUCCAGAGACGCGCUGGAAGUCUCCCAGGCCUGGAGGAAGACCCUUCCCUUCCAGAAAAUAGAAAAAGUGCAAAAUGUGUGCAAGGAUGCAAUGGACUUGCUGGGCUACCGGCUCAUUCAGUCCGAAGAAGAGCAAAAAAAUAUGUCGCUGGAUGUUUUAUUUGCCCAGAAUUCCUCUGAGCAACCAAUUCUGAAGGCAGAAGAGCUGCUCUCUACACUUACUCUCUGA